GAGAAGGGUGCUCAUGUUACUGAAAAGACGUCACCGUACCCACCACCAACUUAUGAAGUGCCAUCAAUUCUAAGCACGAGUCAUCGUGAAUCCUCCGUCAGUCAAAGGGAUCAUUCCACGUUGCCCACCCGAAAAGUUCCUAGUAGAAGGGACGAGAAUUGUAAUCGAGAUAACGCAAAUAAUGCCAGCUCCGCCGAUGUAAAUAAUACAGGUGGAGAUUCAGGCGAUAAUGAUUUUAACAAAUAUUGCCUAACCCGAAGAAUGUCUGGAUCGCAAAGUGACAGUUGCUAG